AUGAUUUCUCCGAUUGCUUUUGACAAGGAAAAGGUCUUCCAUGUUUAUGAAAGAGAUGUAUUGGAUUCAUACCUAGAUGAACCAAAAGUUUGGUAUAUUGUGGAUGACAAGGAACCAAAAAAGGUCGAGGCCAAAACAAUUCUCGUCUGUUCACCUAGGAAAAAUCAUUAUAGAAAUUUCGAUAAGUAUAUCGGGACAACAAUACGGUACAUGCCAGUAUGGUCCGCGGAAGAAAUUGAAACAUCUAAAGAACCCUCUCAGCAGAAACUUCUCAACGAAGCAAUUACUAAGAGCAGUAAUUCGAAAAUAUUUAAUUUUGUUGGAGAGAUUGAUAGCGAUGAUGACCUACACAGGCUCAUCCAUAUCCAUACAAAUAUUCCGAAUGAAGAGAACGAAGAGUGUAUAAAGACCUUCUAUAUUGAUAAAAUUAUAAAAUUUGCAUCUGAUUACGUGGCUAGACAAGUGAUGGAUAAACUUGAAAGCAAAUAUAAGCAAGACUUAAAGAAUUUCGUGGCAACAAGCGACUCGAUAAAUGAAUGCAGUACACUACGGGGUUUCAUGUUUGAGGAAAUUGCACAUCGAAUUUUUACGAAAGGGAGGGACAUCUAA